CCUCGUCGCACACACCUACAUUCAGACUCACCAGACAGAUUCUAUUUUUCACGACCUACCAUACAUCUCACAUCACUUGGAGCCCCCUGGCCAAUACACAUCCUCUCAACUGAAUGGCUAUCUGUGCUUCAUCAUCUUCCCAAUCAUCCCUCCGAUAUAUCACAUCGACCACCACCAUGCCUGCUGGAUCCAAAUAUCCUCCUUGCCCAGGCCCUCCGCCAAACCGGCCUCUGCCAGCGCUACCCAAGUAAAGACGCCUUGAGCCUGGUCGAUUGACCAUUACAAGCUCACUGAGAACGGAUCGCCGAUGGCUACCAGUCGGCAACGAGGUGUGGCUCAAGCUCGUCAAAACAACUCACCACGCGGCCACGUCUCAUAAUACUGGGAUGCCUAUCGUCUGAUCACGCCUUGAAUCCAACACGACACCGGUCAUUGUUUUCCAAAUCCUCCCACGGUCCACAGGAGUGGUCGCCGCUUGGCAUGGGGUCACUCGUGCAUGUACAUGUACAUGUACGUGAGCAAGGGUAUCUGGGCGGCUGCAUGAGGCGAUGAGCUGGCAGCCAACCCCUCCCACGGCUCUCAAGCACAACAUUCUUGCAGCAUGCAAGUUAAUCACCACUGGUUCUCUCGAAUACACAUGGCCUUGUCCAUGCACACUGCUCCAAAUCGACAACAGUGGGUUGUUUCCCAUCCUACUCGUUCCGACAGCCUCAAUCCCUAAUACCCAUUUCCGUUUUCAACACGGUCCAACGGAGAACUGGACAUUUUAUCGUCAUAUCGUCGACCUAUACCCCCACUACACAGCCUUACAAUCAGUCCUGGCAACGCGCUUCACCCACUCGUCGACCCAUCAGCAAGAUCCUGUGGUGGGCAAGGUCAACUCAGCGCCCCGUUUCUGAACCACAUCCAAUCCACCCAGCACAUGUACCAACACACCCAAACAACACAACCCACAGCACCUGUACCAUCAUACAUUAUACCCACCGUUUCUUAAUCUACUCGUGGAGGAACACCACUGGUCUCACACACCGACUCGGGUGGCAUACCCUUGAAAGGUGGCACCACCCUGUUUGUAUACUACUUUUUUGUGCAUGAGAGCAACUUGAUGAUCCCCACGCCUUAAUGAGACGAGCUUGACCUGACGAGCUUGGUCCUGGUUGCACCGAGGUCGCACCGAAUUUCAUAUACUAGUUUUUGGGGAAUUGCCCCUGCAGUUGGCUAAUGGAUAAUCCAAUCUUUGUCCAAUUUCG